GCAUGAUGAGCGCGAAACACACGAACAAAGAAUGUUUGACGUUCUCAGGAUUAAAAAACGGCACGCAUGGUAAAUCAUCAGCGUGCAGAGCUGAACCACAGAAACCAAAAAAAAUAUCCUAUCUGUGCUCUGUAAGCAACGGUUUUAACCACCACUCUUCUUUCUUCUUCCUCUCUCUCUCUCUCUGUGCAGAGAAUGGAAAUGGGGGUUCAGAUUAAGAACCCUAACUUCUUCCACACUCUUCCUCCUCGUCGAGUUCUUCCUCCAUCAUCAGCUUUCGCGCCUCCUCCUCCUGUCUCUAAAUGCUCAAUUGGAAAACAUCUCAGAUUUGUCUGCAAAUCAAACAGCCAAGACGAUUAUCUUAUUGAUGCUCCUGUCUCUGCUGGAGAUGGCUUCUCUUUCGGCGGAGGGAAGUAUUCAGAUGAGCCGAGCCCGGCUGACAUAUGGUUCGAGCAAGGGAAAAUGAUUAAAGCUCACCGAGUUGGUGGAUCCGGUGAAAAAGCCAAAGACCCGAUAUUCGGGCUAGCCAUGGGAGCUGGUGCUCAGGCUUCUGAUGAUCUUUUCCGAUGGUUCUGCGUAGAAACCGGGAAUCAAGACAGUUUUCCUGUCAUACUGAUCCAUGGCCUCCCAUCCCAGGCAUUCUCUUACCGGAAAGUUCUUCCAGUACUUUCAAAGAACUACCGUGCCAUUGCUUUUGAUUGGCUAGGAUUUGGGUUUUCGGAUAAGCCUCAGCCUGGCUAUGGAUUUGACUAUACUUUGAGCGAGUAUGUAUCAUCACUGGAGUCAUUCAUUGAUGAGGUAUCCACCGGUAAGGUCUCACUCGUUGUCCAGGGAUACUUCUCACCUGUUGUGGUAAAAUACGUAAGAAACCGUCAAGAGAAGAUCAAGGAUCUGAUACUAGUGAAUCCUCCUCUCACAGCCAAACAUGCCAAUCUUCCAUCUACAUUGUCUGUAUUCAGCAACUUUCUGCUUGGAGAGAUUUUCUCGCAGGACCCCCUGAGAGCUAGUGACAAACCUUUGACGAGCUGUGGUCCUUACAAGAUGAAAGAAGAUGACGCAAUGGUUUACCGCAGACCUUAUCUCAUGUCUGGUUCUUCUGGCUUUGCUCUUAACGCCAUUAGCAGGGCCAUGAAGAGGGAGCUAAAGAGCUAUGUGGAAGAGAUGAAGACAUCACUGAUGGACAAAGAUUGGAAGAUCCCUGUCACCGUUUGCUGGGGACAGCGUGACAGGUGGCUGAGCUAUGAUGGAGUCGAAGAGUUCUGCAAGAGUUCAGGACACAAACUCGUCCAAGUCCCAAUGGCUGGCCAUCACGUACAAGAGGAUUGCGGUGAGGAACUUGGAGGAAUCAUCUCAAGAGUCAUAAGCAAAUCUGCUACUAUUUAAUUUGGCUUGCUCCAAACAGCAUAUAGAGAAAACAAAAGAAAUAUGAAUGUCAUGAAUCAAUAACUUGUAAAACUCUGAGUUUUCUUUCAUUCCAUGUACUUCCAAUCGUACAUAUAACUCAGUGAGAUCUUCUGAA